AUGGCGUCCCAGGUGCGGCUGCGGCUGCUGCCCGGCGCCCGGUGUCUGUUCGACGAGCCGCUCCGGGUGACGGUGGCCGGCCUGAGGUCCCAGCAGGUGGUCGCCCUGAGGGCCCGGUCCACGGACGAGAAGGGGCUGGUGUUCAGCUCCUCGGCCACCUACAGGGCGGACGGGGGGGGGGAGAUCGACCUGGGCCGGGACCCCUCGCUCGGCGGCAGCUACGUCGGGGUGGAGCCCAUGGGGCUGCUGCGGGCGAUGAGGACGGACGCCCCGCACAAGAGGUUUCAGAAGAGCAACUCCUUGAACCCCCACGUGGUGAAGUUCUCUGUGCAUGAGGUGGAGGGGGAGGGGGAGGGCAGGAUGCUGGCGGAGGUGGCCAAUGAGAGGCUUCUGAUGGCGGACGGGGUCAGCAGGCGUCCUGUCAGAGAGGGGAACAUCCGUGGUGUCCUGUUUACUCCACCUGGAGAAGGUCCGUUCCCCGCCGUGUUGGACCUGUACACGUUCGGUGGAGGUUUAUCAGAGAAGAGGACGUCUCUGCUCGCCAGCCGGGGCUUCGUGGUUCUGACCGUGGCGCUCUACGGACACGACGACAUGCCCCGGAGCAUCAAAGAGGUUCAUCUGGAUUAUUUUGAAGAAGCAAUCGAGGUUUUAAAAAAGCAGGAGAAGGUGGGCAGUGGAGGAGUCGGGGUGGUGUCCCUUUCCAAAAGUGGAGAUCUGGCUCUCUCCAUCGCCUCCUACCUGCCGCACGUGGACGCCACCGUGUGGAUCAACGGCUGCUCCGCCAACACGGCGUUACCCCUCUACUAUCAGAAGAAACUCAUCCUCCCUGCGUUGAUGUUCGACUUCAAGAAGGUCGUUGUCACCGAGUCGGGCGCCUGCAUCACGAAGGGCGCCAUGCACAGCCCCUGGGCGGAGGAGAACCAGGCCACCGUCGUCCCCAUCGAACGGGCGGAGGGACGUUUCCUGUUCGUGGCCGCGGAGGACGACCUGAACUGGGACAGCAAGGCCUACCUGGACCAGAUGGUGGAGAGGCUGAAGAGCCACGGGAAGCAGAACUUUGAAAGCGUCAGUUACCCCGGAGCAGGGCACUACUUGGAGCCCCCUUAUGGGCCCUACUGCGCCUCCAGCUUCCACGGGUUGAUGGGUAAACCGGUGGCGUGGGGGGGCGAGUCCAGGUCCCACGCGGCCGCUGAGGUUCACCUGUGGAAGAAGAUCCAGGAGUUCUUCAGAAGCCACCUGAGCUGUGAUGGUGGCACGCAGAAUAAAGCCAAGUUGUAGAUCGUGGAACAUCAAGUGCCUGAUUGUGCUUCGACAGUUAAUUCACUUCCUGUUGUUUUAUCACCUCGUCAUCAGCUGGAGACAUUCUGCUUCCUGUUUGUCAUCCAUCCGUCCCUCUAUGGUGAACACGAUAUCUCAAGAACGCCUCAAGAUCGUUUCUUCACCUUUGCCACAGACGUUUAUUUGGACUCAAAGAUGAAUUUAGAUUUUUGGUUGUUAAAGGUGAAGGCAGCUGUGACCUCAGAAAACACAUCCCUGCCUCGUGAUACCUCAGGAGCAUCUCCACAGAACCUUUAGAAUGUGGUUCAAACUUUCACUUGGACUCACAGAUGAAUUAAGACUUUAGUUUUUUCCGAGGUCAAGCUCCCGGUGACCUCAAAGGAUUCUGGGAUAAAAGACGUGUGUAGACUGAAACUGCACCAGUUGGCGGACGAGUACCACUGUCUAUUUGUUUGUGUUUAAAAUUGUGAGAUAGUACAAGAGAAAUACUUUUAAAAGAUGUGUUUAAUCACAUCUUUUACCAGAAGGAGAAGAUCAGAGUAGGCUGAGAGAAGCCCAGUGUUCUGGAUGUGCCUGAAAUGAUCCACAUCUGCAUCGUGAUUGGCUGCAGCAGCAGAAACAAACAUCCUAUCACCACACGGCUGUUUUCUGACUGAACCAGCAUCAGUCCACCUCCGACAGGAAAUCCAUCGUGACGCCGUGUUGACUGAUUGAAGCUGAAGGCUCCUCGAGUACACAGAAACUGCUCUAUUUAUAAUGAGGAAACAGGAAGUGGAAACAAAUAGAGCAAACAUCCUGACACUGUAUAUUUUUGAUAGAGGAUUGAUAAACAUUUUCCGGCCACGUGGGUUCAAAGUUUCAGACGUUUUUCUCUAAUCAUCUGCAUUUUUGUGUAAAGGAGCCAAGAAUCAAAGAAGAAGUAUCAUGUUGUAGCAGAGAAACUCAUGUUUGUAUGAUUAUCUUAAAACGUUGAACAAAUUGAAAAUGGAUAUGUGGGUUAUCUUUAUCAUAUCCCAAACUUUUUGUCUCCUGAUCUCCUUCCUACAACUUGACUGAAGAAGAAGAAGAAUGUAACUGAACUUGUAUUUUGUUCCUCAAUAAGAUGUUGAUAUUGUAUUAAAUAAAAGUAGUUUCUUUGUGAUAUGAAAUAAAACAUUGAUUUUACAAGA